AUGUUUGAAUGGAUGCCUAUUUUAAAAGGAAAGUAUUUUACAGCUGAAUAAUAUUUACAAUUAAUCGUUUUAACAAACUUAUUCAUAUUUGGAUUGAUUUUUUAUAAAUAGAAGUUCAAGAACCUAGUAUCCAUUACUAUUAAUUUAGCUAUAUUAUCAUUCUCUUGGUUUGGAGAUUUAAAAUAUCUAACAUUAAUUAUACUUUUGAUUCACAAUAGAAAGUCAAUCAAGAAAAUAAUUAUCGUUGUUAUUAUUUACUUACUUACAUAUGAUGUUUGUUUUGCUAUGCACAAUAUUAAUUAAGGCUUUAUUUUUAGCAUAGAUGAUGCUGCAUUUAGUACUUCAUUCUCUAGAUUGUUUUAAAAUACUAAUAAAUUUCAUUCAUAUAUAACUUUGACAUAAUAUAAUGAUUCAAUAAUAUUUAACUUCUAAAUUUAAGAAUAAUCAAAUUAUGAAGUAUAUUGUAAUUCUGUUAAAUAACAAACUACAAACCAUCAACUAUAUGAUAGAUAUAUUUAUCACAGCAUUAUAUAAAUAUAAUAAAACUCCAAUUAAAUAUAGAUAUAUGAUAAGACUGUAUUAAUUGCUGAGUAUUAUUACUUUGAUUUUAAUAAUACUAAUAUUGUUAUAAUAGAUGGAGGUGAUUCAGGUUAUACUAAGACUUCAAUUAAAAUUUGGAAAAUGAUUUAAUCUUAACCUUAAAUUGAUGUUAUCAAUAUUGGAGGAGAUGUUGCAUAUGAUAAUGGAUUUAUUACAUGCACAACAUGUUGGGAUAAAUUCUUUGAAUUGUAUGAGAAUAUAUGUAUAUCCAAAGGCAAAUUGAUACCUUUAAUACUGUCAAUAGGAAAUCAUGAUGUUGGUAGAGUUACCAAUCCUCAACUAUUAUAUGAUGAUUAAUUCAAUUAAAAAGUACCAUACAUUAUUCAAAUGUUUCCUUAAUAAUUAAUCAAUAACCAAAUCCCUUAGAUUUAGAAGAGAACUUCGUAUUUUAUUCAUAGAAUUGGGCCAAUUAAUUUUAUAACAAUUGAUAGUGGUUAUAUGACUAAGUAAGUUCUUUUUUAAAUCUAGAGCUGAAGAUUAAAAAUAAUUUUUAGAAAGGUCUAUUGACAUAAAUAAAAUUAAUUUAGUUAGUUAUCAUGUACCAGUUAUUCCUUUGUUAAUUGAAGACGAAAACUUUUUAAUGAAUCUAGGUGAAUAGUUAAAUAAGGUUGAUUUAGUUUUUGAACACCACAAACAUAACUUUAAAAGAACUAAACAAAUAUAAGUAAUUAAAUCUGAUGGCAGAUUAAAAGUAUAUCCUGGGAAUACAUACUAUGUUGGAAAUGGAGCUAUGGGUGUAUAAUCUGCACAUUAGGUAGAUCAUUAAAUAAUUGAAAAAUCUAAUAGACAAGCUCAUUUUUGGGUUUAUAACUAUGAAAAUGGAAAGUAAUUUGUUUAUGCGAUAAAUAAAGAAGGAGAUAAAAUAGAUUAUUUUUAAAUACAUAAAUCUCAAAGAAUAUGA